ACAAAAUCUUUGGAACUGUGAAUUAGGAGUGAAAAUCUUCCUGAGUUUUUGUUAUAAGUUCUUGAAAUUAAAGUAAGAAUUUCAUUUGCUGGGUUGGCUAGGUAUAGAGGUGGAGUGGCUGUUGGAGGGGUUAAGUUGGAGCCACUGGUGCAUAUAUAUUUCAGAGGAUUCAGAAAAACACAGCAGUGGAGCCUGGGUCAAUCCAUUUCUGUGAACAAGCAGUGACCAAUAGAAAAGGAAGAAGAAGAUCCAAGGAGGCUGAGGUACUAUUAUGGCAAGCACAAUCAGUUUCAUCAUCUGGGUGUUGUUCGUAACAGACACGGUGUGGACUCAGAAUGUGAGACAGGUCUAUGAGGUACAUGAGCCAGGGGAUUGGAUGAUUGAAGACUUCGAUUGUCCCAGGGAAUGCUUCUGUCCCCCAAGUUUCCCUACUGCUUUAUAUUGUGAAAAUCGAGGUCUCAAAGAAAUCCCUGCUAUUCCUUCACGGAUCUGGUAUCUGUACCUUGAGAACAACCAGAUAGAAACCAUUCCUGAGAAGCCGUUCGAGAAUGCCACCCAGUUGAGAUGGAUAAAUUUAAAUAAGAACAAAAUAACCAACUAUGGAAUUGAAAAAGGAGCCCUAAGUCAGCUGAAGAAGCUGCUUUUCUUAUUUCUUGAAGACAAUGAGCUAGAAGAAGUACCUUCUCCAUUGCCAAGAAGUUUAGAACAGUUACAGUUAGCUAGAAACAAAGUGUCCAGAAUUCCUCAAGGGACCUUUAGCAAUCUAGAAAAUCUAACCCUUCUGGAUCUGCAGCACAAUAAACUAUUAGACAACGCCUUUCAAAGAGAUACCUUCAAGGGUCUCAAGAACCUCAUGCAGCUAAAUAUGGCCAAGAAUGCUCUGAGGAACAUGCCACCAAGAUUACCAGCCAACACAAUGCAACUGUUCCUGGACAACAAUUCCAUUGAAGGAAUACCAGAAAAUUAUUUUAAUGUAAUUCCUAAAGUGGCCUUCCUGAGGCUCAACCAUAACAAAUUAUCAGAUUCAGGGCUCCCAUCCAGUGGGUUUGAUGUGUCAUCCAUUCUAGAUCUUCAAUUGUCUCAUAAUCAACUCACAAAGUUUCCCCGCAUCAAUGCCCACCUGCAACACCUUCACCUGGAUCACAACAAAAUUAAACGUGUGAACGUCUCUGUAAUCUGUCCUACAUCUACGGCACUGCAUGCAGAACAAGACGUCUUUAUUCAUGGACCUCAGCUGAGCUACCUCCGUCUGGAUGGAAAUGAAAUCAGGAACCAUGGUGAGUAA